GAGGACGAGGCGGCGUAUGCGUACUGUCUCCCUGUGCCGGCCGGCUCCACGUUGGGGAAGGGCGAGCAGAGGGACCAUUGAAAGAUGGAAGCGGCGGCUAGAGAAGAGCUAGACAUGGAAGUAAUGAAGCCUUUAAUUGGAGAACAGAAUUCGGACAGCAUCUCUGAUGACGAGUACGAAAACGAAUUGUUGCCAGUUGAGAAGCAUUACCAACUUGAUAAUCAAGAGGGCAUUACGUUUGUGCAAACACUUACUCAUCUCCUCAAAGGGAACAUUGGAACUGGUCUUCUAGGGCUUCCACUUGCGAUAAAAAAUGCAGGCAUUGUGCUUGGCCCAAUCAGCCUUGUGCUUAUAGGAGUUGUAUCUGUUCAUUGUAUGCACAUUUUGGUACGAUGCAGCCAUCAUCUGUGUCAGAGGUUGAAAAAGACCUCAUUAGGGUAUAGUGACACAGUUAGUUAUGCCAUGGAAGUAGGGCCCCUAAACUGCCUUCAGAAAAGAGUUUCCUGGGGAAGGUUUAUCGUUGACUUUUUUCUUGUGAUUACACAACUGGGAUUUUGCAGCGUUUAUGUUGUGUUCUUAGCAGAAAAUGUGAAACAAGUCCAUGAAGGAUUUUUGGAGAACAGGAUUGUACCCAUGAAUGACACUAGUACCAAUGGUCCCUCUGAGAAAAGGAGUGUUGAUUUACGAAUAUACAUGCUGUGUUUUCUGCCAUUUAUUAUCCUUCUGGUCUUCAUUCGUGACCUUAGGAGCCUGUCUAUGCUUUCGUUCCUUGCCAAUAUUUCCAUGGCUAUCAGCCUGGUAAUUAUUUACCAGUACAUCGUUCGAGAUAUAUCUGAUCCUCGAAAACUUCCCCCUGUGGCUGACUGGAAGAAAUAUCCCCUUUUUUUUGGUACUGCCAUAUUUGCUUUUGAAGGCAUCGGUGUGGUGCUCCCCCUGGAAAAUAGAAUGAAAGAAACCCAACGUUUCACACAGGCAUUGAACAUUGGCAUGGGAAUUGUUAUGACCUUGUAUGUCACCCUAGCCACUCUAGGAUACCUGCACUUUGGGGAUGAAAUCAAAGGCAGCAUCACUUUAAACCUGCCACAAGAAGUAUGGUUGUAUCAAUCUGUGAAAAUUCUGUAUUCUUUUGGGAUUUUUGUGACCUAUUCAAUUCAGUACUACGUUCCAGCAGAGAUCAUCAUUCCAACAAUUACCUCAAAAGUGCAGCAAAAAUGGAAGCUGUUUUGUGAAUUUAUGGUCAGGACACUCUUGGUCUGCUCAACCUGUGCUGUAGCAGUCUUGAUCCCUCACCUCGACCUGGUGAUUUCCUUUGUUGGCGCCGUAAGCAGCAGCACGUUGGCAUUGAUCCUGCCACCUUUGGUUGAAAUCCUCACAUUUUACAAGGAAAACUUAAGUGUGUGGAUGAUACUUAAAGACAUCUUUAUAGCUGUCAUUGGAGUCAUUGGCUUUUUAACAGGGACAUAUGUGACAGUUGAAGAGAUCAUUUAUCCUGCUGCGACAGUCUUAGUUAAUACUACAGAGAGCCCCUUUGAAGAUUUGAACACUACGCACUUGGUGACUGGUUUCAGUUAACAGUGAGAGAACCAAGAAUCAUUUUGUUCCUAGGUGUGGGUUCUAAUUAGGAGAAAAAGAUCUUGAUAGAGCCUGUAGUUGGAAGUAUGGACCAUAUUCAAAUGAACUGAAACAUUAAGUUCUGAACAAUAACACACCUCUUUCCUUCUCUUCCUCAUUUGCCCAUUUUGUAAAUCCUUCAGACCAGAUCUCUGUGUUAAGACUCUCAAGCCUCCUCUGCUCUAUGUAGAGAAGGAAAGGAUUGGUUUAGGUGUCGGGGGAUGGAGGGGAAGAAUAUUUGUAUAUGAAUU